AUGGCCGCCAGACUCCUCGGCCUGCCCCAGGCGGAGGCAGCGGGACGCGCGCCCGGACGCGGCGACGCCGGCGUCGAUGCGAUGGCAUCCCUUGAGGGCAGGGCCGCCGGAUCGAGCAUGGGCAGAGCUGCUCCAACCGCGAGCGACGACAGCGCUCCCGCCGGCGCUUCGGGCGCGGCGGCAGCGCCACCACUGGGCGACUUUGCUGGGCUUCGCGCCACCACCUCGGCCGGCGAGCCGGCCUUCCGGCGGUCUGCGGGCGCCGCCGCUGCUGCCGCGCCGCUGGACUUGAUGGCGUUCGAGAGCGAGGCGGCGCUCUGCAGUGCGGACCUCGACGUGCUCAAGGCGGAGCUGCAGCGGCGGGGGAUGAAGUGCGGCGGCACGCCCGAGGAGCGAGCCGCGCGCCUGUGGAAGGCGCGGGGAGUGCCGCACUGGCGGCUGAGCACGCUCGACCCGUCUCUGUUUGCAAGGCCGUCCUCCGGCAAGAAGCGCGAGCGGGCGGCGCCAGAGGGCGCGUCGCGGGGCUUUGUGCGCGAGGCUGGCCCUCUGCUGCCCGGCGAGUACCGCCGGCCGGGCCAGAAAAAAAUCCGGUCGUCAACCACGGUGGCGAGGGCGCAGCAGCGGCAGCACGGCACCGGCAGCGGGUUGGACGAGCACGGGAUGCCACUGGACAGCAUUCUGCGGCCCGAGAACAGAGGAGGCGAGGUCUAG